CACCACCACCAACCACCACACCCCCUCCGUCGUCACCACUUCGUCGUCGUCGUCGUCGUCGUCAAAAUGCUUGCUCAGCGCGCUGGUACCACCGCCCUUCGUCGGGUGGCCGCUGCCCCUAGCAGCGUCUUCAAGCUUGCUCCCUUUGCUGCUAUGCAGACUAGACCCAUCCAAACCGAACGCCUCACUCCGGCCGACGAAGCCGCCAUCCUCGCCAAACAGCGUCUCAACCGCCCCGUCUCCCCCCACCUCGAGAUCUACGACCCCAAGCAAACCUGGUUCGGCGGUUCCGCCUGGCAACGCAUCACGGGCGCCUCCUUCUCAGGCGCCCUGUACGCUUCUGCCGUCGCCUACCUCGCUGCCCCCCUCGUAGGCUGGCACCUGGAGUCCGCCUCGCUCGUCGCUGCCGCCGCUGCUUUGCCUGUGGCCGUCAAGGGCGCGCUCAAGUUCCUGGUCGCUUGGCCGUUUGUGUUCCACGCCAUCAACGGCGUCAGACACUUGGCGUUUGAUUUGGGCAUUGGCUUCUCGAGGGCGACUAUCAUCAAGACUGGUUGGUACUUUUGGGGAGCGAGCAUUGUGGGGGGUGUGUAUUUGGCUUUUUUCAUGUAAAUCAUCAUUUUCCCUAGGAAGAAGGGUGGUUUAGGUGUGGUGAAGCUAGCUUGGUAGAUAAGAGCAGGGAUUGGGAGGAAGGAAGGAGGGAAAGGGGGGAACUACCUACGGUACUCUUGGACAUAUACUCCUGCGGUUAUUUCCACGGAAAAAGAUUGGGCCGUGCUGUAUGAGUAAAGCUGUUACCUGAGGAGAGGAAGGGGAGGGAGGUUUGUUGAAAUGGAGACAUUCACUUUUUUUUUCCCUCUUUCGCGUGAAGCAAAGCACGCUUAACCCGCCGUGGGUAUAUAUAUAUGGUCUAGUGAGAUCUGUGCUGGCACACAAACACGUUCCCAGGAACCUGCCAUCAGUCUGUAUCACAAAACAAAACUUCUAGAAGCCAAUUCCCGA